AUGGUAAACUCUUCAUAUGUUUCAUAUUUCACACUUGCUGCUUACUUUGACACUGAUGUGUUUACAUAUUUAUAUUUCUUGCUCAUUUUAUCUUUGUAUGUUUUCAUAGUUUGUGCCAAUCUGUUGCUGAUUGUGGUUAUCUGUAUGAACAGGAGCUUACAUGAACCUAUGUACCUUUUUCUGUGCAGCCUGUUUGUAAAUGAACUGUUUGGUAGUACAGGGUUGUUUCCAUUCCUUCUGGUUCAGAUCCUCUCUGACAUUCACACUGUUUCUGCUCCCUUCUGUUUCCUGCAGAUGUUCUGUGUGUAUACUUAUGGCGGUGUAGAGUUUACUAACUUAGCCGUCAUGUCUUAUGACAGAUAUCUUGCUAUCUGUUAUCCUCUGCAAUAUCACGUACAUAUGACAUCUAAUAAGGUUGUUGUGCUUAUUGCUGUAACAUGGUCUGUUCCUUUUUUUGCUGUUUUUGUCACAACAUUAUUGAGUGCCUCCUUACAGCUGUGUGGGAACAUCAUUGAUAGUGUUUACUGUGACAACUAUUCCAUUAUAAAGUUGGCUUGCUAUGACACAAGAGUUAAUAAUGUCUAUGAACUCGUUGCUGCUUAUCUAAUAUUCUGUGUUCCUGUAUCUCACUCCCACACCGACACCCUACCAGUGAGGCUAAAGCAGUCAACCUAG